UUUUUUUAACUUCAGAAUUUAUUUUCUUCUUCCAAAUCAAUCAAAUUACGAAGAAUUUAGGGGGAAAAAAUCAAAUGGUGUCGCAUGUACAAGAUUGGCGAGUUCAGAUUUUGGCGAGUUUAGAUAUAUGAUGAUUAAACGAAAAAUGUGUGAAUUCCGUGCGCAACGCGGGUAGGUGAUCUAGUAUAAUAUAGAAGGGAUGCGUAAGGAAUCCAGAAAAAGACACAAAUACCCUUAUCUAGAAGAAACCCUAGAAAAUAGCCAGCGGCGAUUGAAGGGGCAACCAAAAGCCAGCGGCUUUCAGUUUCACAGGAGCCUUCCCAUUUCCGGCGUCCUCAACCGUUGCGAGUCCAGGCUUGGCCUUGCGACCUGUCUCCGUCGCCUCUCGUCCCGCUCCAUCUCUCGCUCUUCUCUCUCUCUCUCUCUCUCUAUCUCUGAAAAUAUGAGAUUUUAUGUUUCCAAGAGAGCUCAACAAGUCGAUCGAUCGAUCGAUUGAUUUGCUCCUGGAGAAGUUAUGACCGACGACUUUCACUGGAUCGAGUCCAGAUCUCGUUAGUCCAUUUCCAAGAAGCUCUCAUCGAUUCAAUUUGAUGGGGGAAGCUCCGCACGACGGUUCAGCGGAGGGUGCCGGAGGCACGGCCACGACGGCGGCCGGUGAGGAUAGGUGAAAGGUUCAGUGGCUUUUGUUGAAAAUCGAUACAAUCCUAAGGGUAAGGGUGUAAUUUAAAUGUUGCCUUUUAUUCCUUGUGAGCAAGGAAUGGCCACGGAGCACUAACAAACAAUAAGGAAUGACUAAUCUAUGGGAUACGGAAUACCUGUUCUGGAUACUUUCUUUGUGCAACCAAACCAAGGCAUAGGCAGUCCGUAUGGAAUUUGACCCGGAAUGAGAAUACUCAUUACUGGCUACCAAAGACGCUGUGAAGGCUCCUCUGCUCUGCUGUUCUUAACGCCGGCAUCCGAGGCUCUUCUGUUCUCAGGUGAAAAUGCUUGCUCUUGUUUCAGAGUAGUUAGCGGGGGGAAAGCGUUUUACUCUAAAUAGGCCACAAGGACUUGAACGGUCUAUGCUUUUGACCAACAGAGCUGCUCCUGUGAUCCGAGCUUUCCACGCGGGCAAGCGUUUCUCCAACUUCAGCCCUCAGGACAUUCUCCUGAGAACUGUUUGUCUCAGCUUAAGACAGCGAAAAUGGAAAUCUUUAGACCCGUUAUUGCCGAGUCUGACGACUCCUCUGGUUGCCCACGUGGUUCGGGAGCUCCGAGACUCGCCCCAAUUGGCGAUGGAGUUCUACAGCUGGGUCCGGGAGAAGAAGGGCUUGGUGGGUCAUUCUUUAGAUUCUUGCUGCUGUCUGGUUCAUGUGCUGGUCAGAGGAAGGAAGUUUGAUGAGACACUAGUUCUCCUGAAGGAGUUGAUAUCCAGUAAUGGGGUCUCCCCAGUUGAGAUUUUGGAGGGAUUGGUGAGGAGUUUCGAGUCAUGUUGUUCGAGCAUAGCUGCGCUUGAUUCACUCGUUAGGGCUUGUACUCUUCUUGGGGAUGCUGAUGGAGCUUAUGAAGUCAUUAUGAGGUCGAGAGUUAUGGGGUUUCAGGUCACAGUUCAUUCUUGGAACAACUUUUUGAACCAUCUCUUGAAGGCAAAUGAUCUUGGUCGGUUUUGGAGGGUUUAUGGGGAGAUGGUCUCUUACAGGUAUGUUGAGAAUGUGAACUCUUUCAAUUUGCUGAUCUAUGCUCUCUGCAGGGAAUUCAAGCCUCAUGAAGCGAUAUCGGUUUUUUAUCGGAUGCUGAAGUGUGGAACUUGGCCCAAUGUUGUAACAUUUAACAUGAUGAUAGAUGGAGCUUGUCGGGCAAAUGAGAUGGGACUUGCUGUCAAGAUUCUUCGGAACAUAGGAAUUAUGUCAAGAGAUCUUGUUGGGCCCAAUUUGGUCACAUACAAUUGUAUAAUUAAUGGUUUCUGCAAGACCAGGAGGUUGAAAUUGGCCAAGGAUAUAUGCAGGGAAAUGAAUGAUCUCGCCCUCGGUCCUAACUUGAGGACCUAUGCAACCCUCGUUGAUGGUUAUUUAAGGAAUGGGAAUUCGGAGGAGGCAUUUGGUUUGUGUGAUGAGAUGGUUGAAAAGGGACUCACGCCUAAUGUAGUUGUUUACAAUUCUUUAAUCUAUAGGCUUCAUAGAGAAGGAAACACCAAAGACGCAUCCUUCUUAUUGUUUGACAUGGUUGAAAGACAAUUAAGCCCUGAUUCAUACACCCACUCAAUUCUCUUAGAGGAGCUUUGUAGCAAGGGGUUCAUGAAUAAAGCUCUAAUGCUUCACAGUCAGGUCCUAGAGGAGAAACUCGUGGUGGACAAUGUCCCGCACAAUGUGCUUAUAAAGUACCUUUGCAGGAGCAAGCAAAUUUCAGGGGCUAAGCAACUUCUAUGCAGUAUGUUUGUUCGUGGUCUGAUUCCUGACCUUGUUACUUAUAGUACUUUAAUUGAUGGGUACUUGAAGGAGGGCGAUUUAGCAAAUGCUCUUACCAUCUACCACACAAUGGUCAAUCUGGAGAAAAGUCCCAACUUAGUAGUGUACAACUCGUUUGUGAAUGGUUUCUGCAAGAUGGGCUUAUUAGACCUUUCGCAUGUUAUGGCGAAUUUGCUGUCCAAAAUGGGCAUGUAUGACACAAUAACUUUCAACACUCUGUUGAAUGGGUAUCUUUUGAGUGGGAAUGCCAAGGGGGUAUGUGACUUGGUCUCAAAAUUGGGGAAGUUUGGGAGCGUAGCAAAUGUAGUCACUUACAAUACAUUGAUAAAUUUCAUGUGCAAGUGUGGGUGCAUUUCAGAGGCAAAGAAACUCGUUGAGGUGAUGGUCCAUCGAGGAAUAGUGCCGGAUGCAGUCACUUAUACUACUCUUAUCAUGAGUUCCCUUAAAAGAACUUCCAGUCCAGAAGAAGUGAUUGACUUACAUGACUUCAUGGUGCUGAAGGGAGUUGUUCCCGUCAAGCAUACAUAUCAAACAGCUGUGAAGCCGUUCCUUGCUCAGCAAGUUAUGCCUCCUGAUGUCAGCAACGAAUAUGACAGAAAGUGAAAUGUUUGAGAAAACAAUCUUGGUGAGAGAUUAAAUACAAUACGGAAGGUAGCGGGUAGUACCCUCUCCACUGAAAGAAUCCAUUGACAAGGGUGAGAAAAGUUGUGGUAAAAAAAGGGGUACUGGCGCCAGGGAUGAUGGAACAAGAUACGAGUUAGAAGGCAAUUUUGCAGCUGUUUCACCCCUGCAAAUUUAAGCAUCUGGUGAUCCUGAUUCUUGACUCUCUGUGUCAAGUGCUGACUUUUCUGGGGUAAAGCUCUGGAGAAACCAAUGAAGGCGGCUGGGCGGUUGGUCCUCGAGGAGACUGGCAGCCCUUCCUCAUGUGUGAGACCAACUAGCCUGCAAUCAUUUGGACCCAAUGUUCUUAUGAAGUCGAGCCUUACAUCUGAACUACAGAAGAAACGGAGCAAGAUAUGGCUUCAAUUUGGUUGAACUUGAAGAGUGCUGCCGCUGAAAUUUCUGUACCCUCUCAUUUCAGUAGAUAUUGCAGGAAGAUGGUGGAUCCAUUCCUGGUUCUUUGUCGUAGUCUAGUACCUCUUAUCAGGAAAUCUUGAUAGCAGGCAUGCAGAAUUAAUGCGGAUUUGGACACGGAUCGGCUGUGGAUAGCAGUAUGAAGCAGAGGAUUGGUCUGAGCUCGAGUUUGUAUAGUUGUGGAGAUAGCAGUAUUCUUCUAUGUACAACAUGGCGCAAUGAAAGCACAGAUAUCAAAUAAACUAAUGCCCCAUUCUGUUGCGAGGAACACGAAAAUAGUCUUGACUUGCAUUUUUCAUUUGGUGUAAACCUCCGAAAUCAAUGAAAUUCAUUUUGGUUCGAGUAA